AUGGCAAAGAAGAAGAAGGCACCCCAACUCGAAGCUUGGUGCUGGUACUGCGACCGCGAGUUCGAAGAUGACAAGGUGCUUUUGCAGCAUCAGAAGGCCAAGCAUUACAAGUGCUCGUAUUGCCCGAGGCGUCUCAAUACAGCUGGAGGCUUGACGGUCCAUCUUCAUCAGGUCCACAAGGCGGAGCCGACAAAAAUCGAAAAUGCCCUGCCUGGCCGCGAGUCGUUCGAUAUUGAGAUCUACGGUAUGGUCGGUGUUCCGGAGGCAGAUCUGGCAGAGUGGAGAUCCAGGCGAGCGAACAACGGGAACAUGGGUGGCGGGCCUUCUGGCCAGCCCGGCACAAAGCGUCAGAAGGUCGAGAAUGUUGCGCUCACGCCUGACCAGCUCAAAGCACAGCUCGAAGCUCACAAGGCACUCAUGAGUGGCCAGGCUCCGCCUCCAGGCAGCGUGCCGCCCCAAUUCGGAGCGCCGCCGGCUGGUCCCCCUCCUCCUUUCGCGCCUGGCUAUCCAAAUCAGUGA